AUGGAAGAAAACGCCUCAAAGCUGGCAAAGGUACAGCCUGUUAUUGACAUCGUUCGGGAACAAUGUCUGAAAGUUAGUCCAGAAGAAAGCCAUUCCGUAGACAAACAAAUUAUACCUGCCACGACAAAGUUCAGUGGUAUCUGGCAAUAUAACCCCAAAAAGCCAGUGAAGUGGGGGUUCAAAAAUUUGGUACGUGUUGGUGCUUCUGGUUUCAUGUAUGACUUUUACAUUUAUGCCGGUAAGGAUGAAGACAUGGACAAUGUCGACUUCAAAGACUUGCAGAAAUCUUCCCAAGUUGUUGCGCGACUUUGUCAACAUUUGCCAUCCCACAGUGGUCCAUUAAUUGUUCUUUGA